ACAGUCCAGAAAAUUCCCCGUCUUCAUUCUUUACCCGACUUAUUUUCAAACAUCAAGGUACUUUUCUUUUUAGUUGUAUUCUCCGGUACAGUUUUUGAAACCAUAGUUGGUAAACUUGGUCAACAAUGGAUGUGUGUUGCAACUUGUCUGCUGAGGAGAAAGAACGUCAGAGGACAUGCAAAGAAAUAAACCAACAACUUAAAAUGGACAAACAAAAACGCAAACGGGAGGUGAAACUGCUGCUUUUAGGGGCCAGUGAAAGCGGCAAGAGUACCUUUAUCAAACAGAUGAGGAUCAUACAUGGGAGAGGAUACAGUAAAUCAGAAAGAGAACAUUUUACCAGUUUGGUGUGUCAGAAUAUCAUCACAGCUAUCAAGGCACUGAUUGAAGCCAUGAGGACUCUUAAGAUUGACUAUCUUGAUGACCAAAACAUUAAAUGUGCUGAAAGACUGUACCAUGUGAAUUCAACCGAGGUAUAUACUUUAAAGUCCUGGCAAGUUGAUGCCAUUAAGCGAGUAUGGAAUGACCUUGGAGUGCAAAAGUGUUACAACCGAAGGAGGGAGUUUCAGCUGUCAGACUCUGCCAAAUAUUACCUGUGUGACAUAGACAGAAUCGCGGCACCAGGUUAUAUUCCAAAUUUGCAGGAUAUCUUGAGGGCCAGGGCUCCCACCAUGGGUAUUAUAGAGUACCCAUUCGACAUGAAGCCAUUUAUCUUCAGGAUGGUUGAUGUGGGUGGGCAGCGUUCAGAAAGAAAAAAGUGGAUUCACUGCUUUGAAGAUGUCACCUCCAUCAUAUUCCUGGCAGCACUCAAUGAAUAUGAUCAAGUUCUUCAUGAGAGUGUGAGGGAUAAUCGACUGGUUGAGAGCCUUGCCCUGUUUAGGACAAUAAUUUCAUCUAUAUGGUUUCAAAAGUCUUCCACAAUCCUCUUUCUAAAUAAAAAAGACCUGCUAGAGGAGAAAAUAAAAACAUCACACUUGGCAACAUACUUCCCAAGCUAUAGUGGACGUCAAUGUGAUGCUGAAUCAGCAAAGGUGUUCAUCCAGCAGAUGUUCAUCCAGUGUUACAAAGACAAGGAUAAACCCCUCUACACACACUUCACCUGUGCUACAGACACAGAGAACAUCCGGUUUGUCUUUGCAUCAGUCAAAGAUACAAUCUUAAAAGAACAUUUAAAAAUAUAUGGACUUCUAUAAACCAGAAAGAAGACAUGAUGGUUCAUAGAAAACUUUCAAGUGGUCUUCAAAUCAGUUAAAGACAACUUUCCUUUUACUGUUGCCUUUUUUAGGUCCUGAUAUAUACAAGGAUGGAGUUUUUGCUUUCUAUCUAUUGUGACAAAUGUUUGUGUUUGUUGUAAAAGAAAACAAAAAAAUCCCUUGAUGUGGGGACUUUAAUCUGUUUACACAGUCAAGCCAUGGGGACUAAUGUCCUUAUGGGGACCAGAAUCCUGGUCCGUGUAUAUUUUUGUGAAAGUGUCAUGUACUGUGUAAAUGUGUCAUGUAUUAUGAAAACUGGAUUUGCUGUUUGUUGUGUUUUCUUCAUAUCAGAAAUCUGAUUUAUUUUUGUUUGACAAAAUAUUUAUUGAAAGACUGUUUAGAAAAGUUUUAAAAUAUUGUUUUUAUGAAGGAACAUUUUAAAAUCUUUUGGCCCUAAAAGCCUUUGUUUGCAAGAGCGCCCUGUACAUUGUUUGUGUGCUUUACUCUUAUUUAUUUAAUUUAUUUGAAUUAGGACAAUGCACAUUCAUCAACAUGUCAGCAUAAAGCAUCAAUGUAAAUAUGCCAGAAUUAGCACAACAGCUAAUUUGCAUCUGCUGUCCUAAGGCAGGUAAAAACAGUGGAUAUUAAACAAGACGCUACAGGAGAGAACAGCGUGGACACAAACAGAUAAGAUGCCAAUAACAUAAAAUCGCAAUAAAAUUAGGUUAGCAAUAAAAUAAGGUUAACAGGCCCAUGGAGACAGAUCAAUUUACCUAUGAACACAUGUCUGGUUAGUUUUCAACCAAUGUUUCAAGGAGAAUUUAAAACGUAUGUAGGUUACACAGCCCCUAACAUGAGCUGGCAGUGUGUUCUAUAACUGUGAGCCUCUGAUAGAUGCAACCAUUUGGCCAAAUUUGGUCCUACACCGCUGAACAUUACAGUCUCCUCUGGUUAAAGCUCUAGUGUUUAUUCUAGUAAUGUUUUUUUUUUUGCUUAUAAAAUCUGUUAGAGGAGGAGGAGCAAGUCCAUUUAAAACUUUAAAAACAAGGCAUGCAUCCAGAAACAUUUGAUAACGUUCUCUGUGCCAGUAACAGUUUUUGUGUCUUCACGUUUCACCUUCUCCUACUGAAAAAAAAAGAAAACAGUAAGGUUAUUAAUUAGAUUAUGGAUGUUAUAGUAAACAUUUAUCACAGUUGAGUAAACUUCUCCACUGUGAGAUCAAUAAAGUCAAUCAAUCAAUCAAUAAAUCAGUUGCAUAUAGUUUACCUCUCCAGAUUAAAAAGAAACAUUUGUGCCAAUAUAAUUGCAUUACCCUGCUGUUUUUGUUAGCUGUCUCAAGAAGUUAUGGUGUAUUUUGUCUUUGAUAAUGUGCUCUGGUUUUUAGAGUGAGCAUCUAUUGUUUUUCAAUUGAUCAUUUCAUAAAAUUGGUGGCAUUGUUCUUUAGCUGAGUUAUAUUUUUCUUGUUUUGUCCUUAAUGACCACCCCUUCAAGUUUUUGUUACAUAACUUUGGUCAAUAUAGGACUUAAAAAUUUUUGUUUUGUUUAUGAAAAUCCUUCACAUUUUAGUUGACGUAUAGUUUUAGCUGAUGUACAAGGCUUUGUAAAUGUCCUCAGAACCGUUGAACUUUUGUGAUGUUAUAAAAAUUUCAGCGUAU